UGAAAAGCACCAGAUCCCAACCCAACCCAACCCGCUCUCUCCUCUUUUCUUCUCCGCGAUCCCCAAAAAACCCCAAUUUCUUUUUCCAUCAGAAAACAAAAAACCUAAUUCUCUAUCUCAGAUCAAAACAAGAUGAAGAUCACGGCGCUGCUGGUCCUCAAGUGCAACCCGGAAGGAUCCGACCCGGUUAUACUGGCCAACGCCUCCGACACCAGCCACUUCGGCUACUUCCAGCGGUCCAGCGUCAAGGAGUUCAUCGUCUUCGUCGGCCGCACCGUCGCCAAGCGCACGCCUCAAGACCAACGCCAGUCCGUCAAGCACGAAGAGUAUAAAGUGCAUUGUUACAACAGCAAUGGUCUCUGUGCAUUGGGAUUCAUGGAUGAUCACUAUCCAGUUAGGAGUGCGUUUUCGCUGCUCAACCAGGUGUUAGAUGAGUAUCAGAAGAAAUUUGGUGAUUCUUGGAAGGCUGCACAAGUGGACAGCACAGAAUCAUGGCCCUACCUAAAUGAGGCUCUGACUAAAUUCCAGGACCCUGCAGAAGCUGAUAAGUUAUUGAAAAUUCAGCGGGAAUUGGAUGAAACAAAGAUUAUUCUUCAUAAGACUAUUGACAGUGUACUUGCACGAGGUGAGAAACUGGACAGCUUGGUUGAAAAGAGUUCGGAUCUUAGCACAGCAUCACAGAUGUUCUACAAGCAGGCAAAAAAGACCAAUUCUUGUUGUACCAUACUGUAAGCUUCUGGUUGUAGUGGCAAAUUCGUACUGACAAAUUCAGUGUUUAAGUUGAUGGAUGGCAAAUUGAUGAUUGUAAUAUUUCCAUGUCAUUUGUGCAUUGUUCGCUUGGCGGAAUUCUGUGGAUCUUCAUUAUCUUUAGGGAAACGAAUAUUCAUAGAGGUGUUUCCUCCUGGUUAUAGUAUGAAUACUGUGUUUCUGUUUGGAAACACAAGUCUAUAUUCAACUGUGUGCUGUAUCAUGUUUGUUAUAUUGUCAUUACAAUUUUCAUAAUGAUUUUAUAAAUCUAUAUGUGCUUAUUCUUUUGAA